CACCUUAUGGUCAGACCUAAAGUGCCCCCCCCCCCCCCCUCGUAGAGAACAGCACGGAUGAUGCGUUGUGCGCUUCGGCUCUUCAAUGACAGAGGAGACGCACCGAAGGAGAGAUGGGCACCUUUUCUCCACUUCCAUCUGCGCGGCCGUGGGCCAAACGUUCUUGCACCGCGUUGCUAGAACCGGCGGUGGUUCUGCUUGUGGUUCUGACCCGGCUUUGCGCUGCUUUUAACUUAGACACCGACAAGAGCGUCGUUUUUAGCGGACCGAGCGGGAGUUACUUCGGCUAUUCUGUGGAGUUCUUCACUAACUCUUCGAGUGUGAGCAUUCUGAUCGGCGCCCCGAAAGCCAACACCAGCCAACCUGGCGUUACCGAAGGAGGAGCGGUCUUCCUGUGCCCCUGGAACCAAACGAACUGCAGCGUGAUCAACUUUGACAAGCAAGGUGAUCAGUAUUUUUAUAUCAACGAGGUGAACACUCAGGUUGAGUUCAAGUCCCAUCAGUGGUUUGGAGCUACGGUGCGUUCCCAUGGCAACAAUAUCCUGGCUUGUGCUCCCAGGUAUUACUGGAGGACCGAACAUGACACUCCCUUUGCCGAUGUUACAGGAACUUGUUACCUCUCUGACAGUCUCAAAUCGUUCGUGGAGUACGCCCCCUGCAGAACAGAAAGGCACGGACCUGCAGGACAGGGCUAUUGUCAAGGAGGAUUUAGUGCCGACUUCACGAAGGACGGGAGGGUUAUUCUUGGUGGACCGGGCAGCUUUUAUUGGCAAGGUCAGCUGAUUGCAGCCACGCCCGAGGAGAUCGUUAAGGCUUACUACCCUUCGUACUUCUUACUGUCGGUUGCCGGGCAGAUGCAAACGGGGCAGGUGCAGGGCAGCUACGAUGACAGUUACCUGGGCUAUUCUGUGGCUGGCGGGGAGUUCAGCGGGGAUGAUGAGGAAGAUUUCAUCACAGGCGUUCCAAAAGGACUCAUGCUGUAUGGUUUAGUGAGCAUAUUAAAUGGAAGGGAUAUGACGUCACUGCUCAACGUGACAGGAGAGCAGAUGGGGUCCUACUUUGGCUACGCAGUAGCAGCCACUGACAUCAACAAUGAUGGACUGGAUGACCUGGUGGUAGGAGCUCCAAUGUUCAUGCGUCGCGGCUCCAAUGGACAUUUGGAGGAACUAGGGAAAGUUUACGUGUACCUCCAGAGGGGGCCUUUGCAGCUGGAACCCACCCUGGAACACCUACUCGGCCGUCAACCUUUCAGUCGAUUUGGAACCUCACUGGCGCCCCUGGGUGAUCUCGACCAGGACGGUUUCAACGACAUGGCCAUCGGCUGUCCCUACGGCGGAGAAGACCAACAGGGCCGGGUUUUCAUUUACAAUGGUUAUUCUGGAGGACUGAAGGCCACGCCCACUCAGACUCUUACCGGCCAAUGGGCUUCCAGCUCUUUCCCAGCCAACUUUGGUUUCGCGCUGCGCGGCAACACGGAUCUGGAUGGAAAUGGUUACCCAGACCUGAUUGUUGGCGCUUUUGGGGUGGACAAAUCUGUGCUGUUUAGGUCUCGACCGAUUGUGAACGCGAGUGUGUCUCUCACAGUACAGCCAACCAUUUUCAACCAAGAAGAGAAGCUUUGUGAGGUUUCCACAGGGAUUGGAAGCACUGCCGUAUCCUGUGUCAGCCUCAGUUUCUGUGUGCUGGCUCAUGGAAAGCACCUCCCUUCUACUUUAGGAUUUGCGGUGGAAAUUCAGUUGGACAAAAUGAAGCACAGCCAGAAGAAAUCUGUCAGGAGGACUCUGUUCCUGGAUAGUCAGCAGCCCAGUCUGGUGAAGACCUUGCGGCUCACCAAUAGAGAACGCCUUUGUCACGACACCAAGAUCUAUCUACGGCCAGAAGGGGAGUUUCGGGAUAAACUCUCCCCCAUAUUCAUCAGCCUGAACUUUAGCCUGGAUCCUCAAGCCCCAGUGGACCAAUCUGGCCUCAGACCUAUCUUGGAUUAUGAGACCGAACAGCUAAUAGAGCAGAGGGCCCAGAUUCAGCUGGAUUGUGGCGAGGACAACAUCUGUGUUCCUGACCUGAAAUUGGCCGUUUAUGGCGACCGAACAGAAGUUUACCUGGGUGACGAAAACUCCCUGAGCGUGACCUUCAAUGCGAGAAACGAGGGCGAGGGCGGUGCUUACGAGGCUGAGCUUUAUGUGCUGCUUCCCCCGGAGGCUGACUACAGAGGGAUAGCACGCAACAAUGCGAGUUUGUCUCCGCUGACGUGCAGCUACGAAGCCGAAAAUGACACCCGCUUCCUCAAUUGCGAUCUGGGAAACCCCAUGAAAUCUGGCACCAGUUUUUGGGCUGGUCUUCGAUUCACAGUUCCAAGACUCAAGCACACUCAGAAGGCUGUAGAGUUCGAGUUCCAAAUAAGAAGCAAAAAUGCUAACAACUCCGAGAGUGAAGUGGUGCUGUUCGAGUUGGAGGUAACAGCAAUGGCUGACAUCAUUCUACAGGGUGUUUCUCGGCCGGACAAAGUCUUCUUCCCGCUUCCUAAUUGGAGCGUUAGUCAGAGUCUGAUUCACGAGCAGGACAUCGGCCCUGAACUUCAACAGGUCUACGAGUUGGUUAACAAUGGCCCCAGCGUUGUCAGUCAAACCACGUUAGAGGUGAAAUGCCCGCUGAAGGCUCACGGCCACGACCUUCUCUACCCUGUGGAGGUGAUCACCGAAGGACCACUCAGCUGCUCUUCCAAACACGACCUCAACGCACUGAAACUUAAGCUCCAGUCUCCAGCCGCAAGGAGCCUCUCCUCGCUGAAGUCCACAGAGGAGCAUCUUGUCCAUAGGAGGGAGGUCAAAGGUCCCAUGGCCGAACAAGGAAACUUGACGUGCUCCACCGUGGAGUGCUGGCGGCUGAAGUGUAACGUCGGGCUGCUGAAGAGAGGAGACAGCGUCAUCCUCAGCGUGCACUUCCGACUUUGGGCAGAGACUUUCAUGGAGCGGGCCUAUAAGCAGUAUCUUCUGGAAUGCUCCGUUCAGUUCACCGUGGACAAGGUUCCCUAUUCCAGUCUUCCCAAAUCCAAGUCUUCAGGCUCUAAAAAGGUGGUGACGUCGGUCCUGUGGAACAAACCCGAUAGCCUUUUCUCUGUUCCGUGGUGGAUCAUCGUUCUGGCUGUGCUAGCCGGGCUGCUUUUACUCUCCGUGCUUAUCUAUCUGCUGUACAAGAUGGGCUUCUUCAAAAGGUCAGAUCCAUACGGCACAGCCAUGGAGAAGGCCCAACUCAAACCCCAGGCAUCCUCGGAAGCCUAACUCCAAAGUGGAGCCUCCGGAGCAGCUGAAAAAAUGGAAUAAUAUCACAUUUGUGAAAUAUGAAUGAGACUUUGUAAUGAUGAGCAGGAAUUACUGAUGGACAUUUGGGGGCGGGGGGGUUGUAUCACUGGAAUACGCAUUAUCUGGUGCUGCACUAAAAUAUCAGCCAUGAAGAAGAAGAAGAGGGAAUGCAGAUGAGGCUGCACUUUCAUUGAUGUUAUUUUUGUUUAUUCCGGAUCAGAACAAGGUAUUUAAUCUAAGAGGGAACAACACGGCCAUACAGGAGGAAAUCUAAACAACUUUUCAUCUCCAGUGAAUUAGAUUUACUUAUGAAUUUGAGCAUAUCUUGGGGGUUUUGUACAACGUGAUGAAACACUGAUAUGCAUAUUUCUUGGGUUCUUUAAUGGCGAAUGUUUUUUCAUGUCAUUUUUCUUUACUCCGUCCAUUCUACACACUGGUCCUUUAAAUGCUUGUUUCGGUUCAGGAAACCCCAACAAAAGGCCCCUAAUGCUUUGGUAUUCCUUCCCUCUCAAAAAUAUUUGUCCCCGUUUGCAAGCGCAGUCGGUCCAUUCUUGGUGUCACUGAUGCUAUUUUUUGAAAGAACUACACACUUAUUGUUAUUUAUGCCUCGGUGUCAUGAUGUCGGUGGUUGAGUUGUGUACUGUACUGUCAUGUAAGACAAUCCUGAUCAAACUGCAAUGCUUCACUUGAACAUUUCCUCUCCCAUAUUGGGAGGUACUUACUGUGUAUAUUGUAAUGUAUGCUAUAUAUAUAUAUAUGUUGUGCUGCAGAAUAAAGCCUAAUUUUGUAU